UCAAUAAACAGGAGGGAGUGUGUCUGAGUACAAAGAGGGGAAAGAGCGGACCCUGGUUAUGUCACUGAAACACUGCUCCUGCACAGCCAGGACGCUGCACUCCUGCAUACCUCGGCCUUCAGAGAAGUGCUAAUACAUGGAGUUUACAACGCACUGCUUAUGAUCCAAAGGUCUCAGGAGCUGUUGGAAUUUGAGAGCCGAUUACUCACUUUAACAGACUGCAGCAGCGAGACUACUCAAUGUAUUUAUCUUUUUGAUUUUUUUUUUUCUUACUACUUUUUAAAGGACCCCCUUAAUGGAAAUCUUUUAUCGGAAUUGUCGUUUUAAGGAUCAUUUUUACUGCAUUUUGUAGAUAUUUCAUGGAACAAGAGAAAGUUACUUCAAAAGGCGCUACAACGACUUACUCUGCUUUGAUUUCUGCACGUCCAGUUUCCUUGAAGGAAACCAUCAAGAACGAUUAACAUCAAGUCACCCUUUGCGGAGUUCUGGUUGCCGCACGACUAUGGCGUUCGGGGACCUCCUCGAGCAGGUGGGGGGCACGGGACGGUUCCAGAUCGUGCACGUGACCCUUCUCUCCAUACCGGUCCUCAUGAUGGCCAGUCACAACCUGCUGCAGAACUUUGUGGCCGCGGUGCCCCCCCACUUCUGCAGCGCACACGCGAACCUCUCCCGGAGCCGGCUGAGCCCGGAGGAAACCCUGCUGCUCACGGUGCCGCUGGACAUCAAGGGGAAUCCGGAGAGGUGCCAGCGGUACGCGGCCCCUCGCUGGUACCUCUCGAACGGGACGUCCGGCCCGGGGGACAAUGGCACCGGCGCUGGCGGUGGCUCGGGCGCUGAUCUGCAGGGGUGCACGGACGGGUGGUCCUACAACAUGACUGAGAUGACCUCCACCAUCAUAUCCGAAUGGGAUUUGGUGUGCGAUCAGCGCUCUCUGAAGCAAAUGGCACAAACCAUCUACAUGGGAGGUGUGCUUGUGGGAGCUCUUUUUUUUGGAAGUAUGUCAGACAGAUAUGGGCGUCGCAUCCUCCUCAUCAUCUCCAACCUGCUGAUGGCGGUGGCGGGAACAUGCGCCGCUUUCUCUCCCUCCUUCCCCCUCUAUUGCCUGUUCCGCUUUGGUUGUGGAAUGGCUCUGUCCGGGACGGGGCUCAACACCUUCUCGCUCAUUGUGGAGUGGAUCCCCACUCGUAUCCGAACUGGCGUGGGGACAAUAACGGGUUACUGUUACACGGUGGGGCAGCUGCUCCUGGCCCUCAUAGCCUACUACAUCCGGGACUGGAGGUGGUUGACCCUGGCUGUGUCUUUGCCCUACUAUGUCUUCUUCCUCAUCGCAUGGUGGUUCCACGAAUCUUCAAGGUGGUUGGCUCUGAGCAAUAAGCCUGAACGAGCCAUCGAGAACCUCAAAAGCGUGGCCAAAUUUAACGGACGGCACGAAGAGGGAGAGAAACUCACCGUUGAUAUGCUGCAGGAGUCCAUGAAGAAAGAGAUGUCUAGUGUCCAGGGCUCCUACACGGUUCUGGAUCUGUUCCGCACCCCCACGAUGAGGAAGAUGACCGUCUGCCUCAGCGCCGUCUGGUUAUCAACCAGCUUCGCCUACUACGGUCUUUCUAUGGAUCUGCAGAAGUUCGGGGUGGACAUCUACUUAAUCCAAGUCAUCUUUGGAGCCGUGGACAUCCCCGCCAAGGUCAUCGUCACCGUGUCCAUGAGUUUAAUGGGACGGCGACCAUCGCAAAUGGGCGCUCUCAUCCUCGCCGGGGUCACUAUUCUGAUCAACCUGCUGGUACCUUACGAUAAGCAGAUGGCCCGCACCUGUCUGGCUGUAAUGGGUAAAGGUUGCCUGGCGGCCUCCUUCAACUGCUGCUACCUUUACUCUGGAGAACUGUACCCGACCAUCAUUCGAGUUCACGUGGACAGCAGAGCAAACAGGAGGUCAGAGGGUCAGCUUCUGCUGAAAUGUGGCACCGACAAACAAUCCACGUUGAUCCAGUGUUUCCAUCAGAACGGCAUGGGCUGGGCCUCCAUGAUGGCUCGCGUAGGGGCCAUGGUGGCCCCCAUGGUGCUUCUCACGGCCGACUACAUACCCUGGCUCCCCGGUUUGAUCUACGGAGGGGCGCCGAUUCUCAGCGGCGUGGCCGCGAUGUUUCUUCCAGAAACACUCGGCUCGCCGCUCCCUGACACGAUACAAGACGUGGAAGACAGGGGAUCUGGGAGAAACUCCAAAAAGCCACCGAAGGAAACAAUGAUCCAGCAAGACACCGAAGCAAAUCUCCUGAAGCGCGUUGCCUGAGGGCGUCUGGAUUGUUCUGAUGAUUUAUUUGCUGACAUGUUGUUUGAGAGUUGAGUGGGUGCCGCGUUGUUGUUCAGCCCGUUGAUCCGCUUGAUAAGCGUUACACGUUUGUUGUGUGGUACGACUGCUGGACAAUUGGAGUUGAAAUGUUAUUGUUGGACAGGUCAAUGCAUUGAAAUGAAAAGCUGCAAACAAACAGAUCUUUGUACAUUUUUUGUACAGCAACUUUGAGGGCUUUUAGUCUGGAUUUUGAUAUUUUUUUUACACAUCUGUAUGUGUAUAGAAACCUUCACCACGUCCUGUAUGCUUUCACUGGUUUAGAAAGAAAGAUGUUUUUUUCAUAAAGAGUUCCAUUAUGUCUUCUGCACCAGCAAUAAAAUGUAGUUACUGCUUCUUUUUAUAUCUCCAGUGAACUAAAGUUCAUAAACACACCUUGCCCUGGGACCGAUUGAUUGGUCACAAAUGUAGCUUCAUGUGUCCCAUAAAGUCUGUCUGAAAAGCUUGGUAAUCCAUUCUGGAACAGCUCUAUUUGCUGUGGAAACUAACAAAUCUAACAGUGAAUGCCCUCUGUGAUUAUUUGUUGCAGGAAGCAAAGAAGUUUGCAUUGUUUUUAGUGGUUAGGUGGAGCCAACAGAGUUCGGGAGGUAUCCCAUGAUGCAAUGGUUUGAGUAUGGUCAAAGAAUCAGAUGCUGGAUGGAUCAAACUUGAAUGUCUUCAUUUCAUAUUUUAUAGGAUGACAUUAAAGAAAAUUAAUAAGGAAAUGAAAGGAUUUUUCUCGUUUGCUCUCUAACUGCAAAAUGGAAGGUCAUGUGGCGAGUUAGGAAGAAUUCUUGCAUUAUGCCACCAUCUAGUGGGGAAUAUGUGCGACUGCGCAAUAAUCAUAAUGAUGGUGAAUGAAUGAAGAAUCUAUAUGUAAUAAAUGAAAAUACAAAUAUGUAAAGUGAAAUCUCCAGCCGCAGUUGUUCAAUUCUAGAAAUUUUAAUUCUAAGAAAUGUUGUAAUUAACCAUUUAAACUGAUCAGGAAAAUACACACUGACAGUGCUUUAACUUU